AUGAUCACAUUCAAUGGUUCAGUCUUCUUGCCCUCUGUAUUUACACUAAUUGGGAUUCCCGGCCUAGAAUCAGUGCAGUGCUGGAUUGGGAUUCCAUUCUGUGCUAUGUAUCUCAUUGCUGUUAUGGGGAAUUCCCUAAUUUUAAUUAUAAUCAUAUAUGAAAACAGCCUCCAUAUACCCAUGUACAUUUUGUUAUCUAUGUUGGCAACGACAGACAUUGCCCUUAGCACCUGCAUUCUUCCUAAAAUGCUAGGCAUCUUUUGGUUUCAUUUGCCAGAGAUUUCUUUUGAUACCUGCUUACUGCAGAUGGGGCUUAUUCACACAUUCCAGGCAAUGGAGUCAGGCAUCCUCCUGGCCAUGGCCCUAGAUCGCUACGUGGCCAUCUGUGACCCCUUGAGACAUGCCGCCAUCUUCUCCCAUCAACUCUUGACUCAUAUUGGACUCGGGGUGACACUAAGGGCUGCCAUCCUUGUAGUACCUUCCCUUUUGCUUAUCAAAUGCCGUCUUAAACUCUUCCGAACUACAAUCAUCUCCCACUCUUAUUGUGAGCACAUGGCCAUUGUGAAAUUGGCUGCUGAAGAUAUUCGAGUCAACAAGAUAUAUGGUCUAUUUGUUGCCUUCACCAUCCUUGGGUUUGACAUCAUCUUUAUUACUUUGUCCUAUGCUCAAAUCUUUAUCACAGUCUUUCGAUUGCCCCAGAAGGAGGCACGAUUCAAGGCCUUCAAUACCUGCAUCGCCCACAUCUGUGUCUUCCUCCAGUUCUACCUCCUGGCCUUCUUCUCCUUCUUCACACACAGGUUUGGUUCCCACAUCCCGCGAUAUGUCCAUAUCCUCUUGUCAGACCUUUACCUGCUAGUCCCGCCUUUCCUCAAUCCUAUUGUCUAUGGAGUGAAGACCAAACAAAUUCGUGACCAUGUCCUGAAAAUGCUCUUCUUCAAAAAGACACCUUGA